AUGGUUCUUCAAUAUGCGGAAGGCGGUGAUUUUAAUAAAUGGAUCAAUAAAAAUUAUGAAAAUUUUGAUUGGACAAAUAAAAUAAAAGUAUUAAAUAAUAUUAUUAAUGGUCUUAAAGAAAUUCAUCAAAAAGAGAAGGUUCAUCACGAUUUUCAUACAGGAAACAUAUUAUUCCUUUUUACUAGCACUAGUGAUAUUUGCGAUUAUACACGUAUUUCAGAUAUGGGAUUAUGUGGAGAAGUUGACAAUAUUGACGAAGAAAAAAUUUAUGGAGUUAUGCCUUAUGUAGCUCCUGAAGUAUUAAGAGGAAAACUUUAUACUCAAGCAGCGGAUAUAUAUAGUUUUGGUAUUAUUAUGUAUUUUGUAGCUACUGGAAGACAACCUUUUGCUAAUCGUGUGCAUGAUGAAUUUUUGGCAUUAGAUAUAUGUGAAGGAAUUAGACCUAAAUUAAAUGAAUUGGAGGCACCAAAGUGUUAUAUUGAAUUAAUGAAAAAAUGUUGGGAUUCAAAUCCAAAUAAGAGACCAGAUGCAACCGAAAUAAGUGAUCAAAUAUAUUCUUGGAAA